AUGUCCACCACAAGCUCACUCUUCGGCUCCGCCAUCCCCCUCCCACGCGCCACCGCCAAGACUAAGAUAAACCCUCGCCACCAUCUCCCCACAAUCAAAAUGUCUAAUUCUAAUUCAAACCCUAUAACCACCCUCACUAAACUCCUCUGGGGCCGGUCCCUGCCACCCCAGCUCCUCGUCUCCACAGUCCGCACCACCUGGUCUGUCGCCUGGCACCUCAUGAUGUCCCAGCUCGCCCCCUCCGACCCAACUGGCCGAUACACCCGCCCCGCCUCCCAAUUCAAAACCCCCACAAGCCUAAACCUUACUAAUCAAAACCUCCACCUGUACAUAGGACUCCCUUGCCCCUGGGCCCACCGGACCCUUAUCGUACGAGCCCUUAAAGGGCUCGAAGAAUUCGUCCCAGUUUCAAUUGCCGCCCCCGGAAUUGAUGGUUAUUGGGAAUUCAGGGAUAGUACUGUUCCUGUCCACGAUAAUGAUAUCCUUGUUCCUAGCUUGGAUAAGGCCAAUGGAUGUAAAACCUUGAAAGAGGUUUAUAAUUUACGCCGGGGUGGCUAUAAUGGCCGGUCCUCCGUUCCAAUGCUUUGGAAUGUGAAUAAAAAAGAGGUUGUUUGCAAUGAGAGUUAUGACAUUAUUGAGUUGUUCAAUUCUAGAUUGAAUGAUGUAGCUCGAAAUCCAGGAUUGGACCUCUCGCCGCCAUCAUUAAAGAAGAAAAUCGACGAAUGGAACCAAAUCAUAUACCCUAGUGUUAAUAAUGGAGUAUAUAGGUGCGGAUUUGCGCAGAGUCAAGAAGCAUAUGAUAGCGCAGUAAAUGAGUUGUUUAGUACUUUAGAAAUGUUAGAUGAUCAUUUGGGGAGUUUUAGGUUUUUGUGUGGAGAUACAUUGACCCUUGCAGAUGUAUGUUUGUUCACUACAUUGAUAAGAUUUGAUCUUGUGUAUAAUGUUCUGUUCAAGUGCACCAAGAAGAAGCUGAUUGAAUAUCAAAACCUUCAUGGUUAUAUGCAAGAUAUAUAUCAGAUUCCCAAAGUUGCGACAACUUGUAAUUUUGAAGCGAUUAUGGAUGGGUACUACGGAACUCUUUUCCCGUUGAAUCCAGGCAGCAUUCGACCGGUGAUUCCUUCAGGCUCUACACAUGAAGUGCUAUCAAAGCCUAUUAACAGGGAAUCCUUGUCAUUGGUUGGAAGCAAUUGUUGA